UUAGAAAGAGCAGGUUAGUGAGAGAGAUAUUAAAAGUUUGUUGUCGUGUGGUAAUAUUUGACAGAAACAAAAUCAAAAAGAAAAUCCCGUAGCACCGUAACAGUAAUUCGCUAUUAUCUCUCUCCUAUCCCUCCGCUUUCGCUUCCGUUCUAUGCCCGUUUCAAUUCUCUCUUUCUCAGACACCACGUGAUAACAGAUACCUAUGUCACCGCCGUCGGCAACCGCCGGUGACAUCAACCACCGUCAAGUCGACCCAAGGAUCUGGCGCGCUUGUGCUGGUGCCUCCGUUCAGAUCCCUCUCCUCUACUCUAGGGUUUACUACUUCCCUCAAGGUCAUGUGGAGCACUGUUGCCCUCUCAUCUCUACUCUUCCUUCGUCUACCUCUCCGGUUCCAUGUCUCAUCACUUCCAUCCAGUUGCUCGCCGAUCCGAUCACUGACGAGGUUUUUGCUCACCUUGUUCUUCAACCGGUGACGCAGGAGCAGUUUACUCCGACUAAUUAUUCAAGAUUCGGUAGAUACGAUGGCGAUGUUGAUGAUAACAACAAGGUGACUACCUUCGCCAAGAUUCUCACGCCUUCUGAUGCUAACAAUGGAGGUGGAUUUUCGGUUCCUCGUUUCUGUGCUGAUUCCGUCUUUCCUCCGCUUGAUUUUCAAAUCGAUCCACCGGUUCAGAAGCUCUACAUCACCGAUAUCCAUGGAGCUGUUUGGGAUUUCAGGCAUAUCUAUCGCGGUACACCGAGGCGUCACUUGUUAACCACCGGAUGGAGCAAGUUCGUGAAUAGCAAGAAGCUAAUCGCUGGCGAUUCGGUGGUGUUUAUGAAGAAAGCUGCAGAUGAGAUGUUUAUGGGUGUUAGGCGAACACCGAUCUCAAGCAGCGGCGGAGGAAGCAGCUAUUACGGCGGGGAUGAGUACAACGGCUAUUACAGCCAGAGUAGCGUUGCUAAGGAAGAUGACGGGAGUGCGAAGAAGACGUUUAGGAGGUCUGGGAAAGGGAAAUUGACCGCUGAGGCUGUGACGGAGGCGAUCAAUAGAGCAGCUAAGGGAUUGCCAUUUGAGGUGGCGUAUUAUCCGACUGCUGGAUGGUCAGAAUUUGUGGUGAGAGCUGAAGAUGUUGAGUCCUCCAUGUCUGUGUUUUGGACUCCUGGGACUCGAGUCAAGAUGGCUAUGGAGACUGAGGAUUCCUCUCGGAUCACUUGGUUUCAAGGCAUUGUUUCCUCUACUUAUCAAGAAACUGGUCCAUGGCGUGGAUCUCCUUGGAAACAGCUUCAGAUCACAUGGGAUGAACCUGAGAUUCUGCAAAACGUGAAGAGGGUGAAUCCUUGGCAAGUGGAAAUUGUUGCAAAUGCAACUCAACUUCAUGCCACUUUCCCUCCAGCAAAGAGGUUGAAGUAUCCACAACCCGGGGGGUUCUUGAGUGGAGAUGACGGAGAUAUCCCCUAUUCUCAAAGAGGACUGUCUAGUGCAGCAGCACCUGAUCCAAGUCCUUAUAUGUUCCCGUAUUCUACAUUUCCUGCUGGCAUGCAGGGAGCCAGGCAAUAUGAUUUUGGGUCUUUCAAUCCAACCGGAUUCAUUGGAGAGAAUCCUCCCCAGUCAUGCACCAAUAACUUCUUCAGUCCGCUUCCAACCGGGUUGGGAAAAGUGUCGACUGAGAUGAAUUUUGGCAGUCCGCCAUCAGAUAACUUAUCGCCUAAUAGCAACACCACUAAUCUGUCCUCUGGAAACGACCUGGUUGGAAACCGAGCCCCCAUUUCAGCCAAACCUAACUCGAUUCGGUUAUUUGGCAAGACCAUUAACGUGCAGGAGCAUUCUGAGAGCGGCCCUGCAGAGUCUGGCUUGUGUGAAGAGGAUGGCAGCAAAGAGUCCAGCGACAAUGAGACACAAUUGUCCUUGUCACAUGGUCGUGGUCCACCAAGCGUGUGAAGAUUCUGUAGGUGCCUAAACAUUCCAACAGCCACGCAGGUUACAGCUGCCAAGGUUAAAGUGAAGGAAGUGGUGCUGUAGGAAUCUCCCAUGUCCCAGCCCAAGUAGUAGCAGUAGUACUAUUAUAUAUAUAUAAAAUCUUCUGGUGUUUCUUUCUGCAUUGACUUUUCUCUGGUUUUUUCUUUGCCACGUGACAAUCUGUUUUUACUUUCUUUUUUUACCAAUUUCUCAGACACAUUUGAUGAACAUCUCGCUCCUCUCCUAAUCUUUAACUAUUUUAUUGGGGGUAAAUGUCUGGAUUGUUUUUACCUAAACAUGUCUUAAGAGUUUAGAAGACUCGUGCUGUUUAUGCAGAGUAAAAACAGUAAAUAAUUCAAUGCUUUAUUCAA